UUAUUUAACUAAUGAAUUUCCUCAAUGUAUGCAGUUGAUCACGUUUAUUGGGGACUAUAUAAAUCGUUCGUUUCAGACGUUUGUCAAACCCGUCCUUGCUUCGGAAGACAAUUCUUACCAAUCUCCAAGAGGCUGCAAGAAACUGGCCACCAUGCUGUACCAAUUGCUACUAGUAAUAGUAGGUAUUUCAUAUGUGAACAGCUAUAACCAUGAAUGUACAUAUAAUGGAAAGAGGUAUACAGGAACAUUUAGGAUCGACUGCAACACGUGUGCAUGUGACAAAAAUGAAAAGGCAGUUUGUUCAAAUUUACGUUGUGACUAUGGGCAGCGACCUUCAUGUACCUAUCAGGGUAGACGUUACAGAGUAGGACAGAUAUUCCAGCAGUCCUGUAAUACAUGUAUAUGCAAAUACGAUGGCCAGAUACAAUGUAGCAACAAAGACUGUACUAAACGAUGUACUUAUAAUGGAAAGCAGUACCAAGAAGGUGAAGAAUUUCAAGACAAGUGUAAUAGAUGUAAAUGUCUUUCUUCUGGAUAUGUUCAGUGUACCAAUAAUGUGUGUCAGUGCCAAUAUAAUGGUAAAGAUUACAAUGUUGGAGUGAGUUUUAAUGAUGGCUGUAAGACUUGCACUUGUCAAACUACAGGAACAGUGCAGUGUAACAGCGAUAGAUGCGGAUGUUAUUAUAAAAAUGUACGAUAUCAAACCGGCCAAACUUUCACUGAUGAUUGCAAUACAUGCGAAUGUUUAAGUAACGGUCAGGUUAAAUGUACAAAGAACAUUUGUAAGUGUUACUUCAGAGGAAAAGUAUUAAAUGUGGGCCAGAAAUUUGAAGGGGAUUGUAACACUUGCUAUUGUAGAGGCAACGGUCAGUUAGAAUGUACAAAGAAAAUCUGUCAAUGUACUUACCAAGGACAGACUUAUCGAGUUGGACAAAGAUUUAGUAAUGACUGUAACCAAUGUGAAUGCUUAAGAAGCGGUAUUGUGCAGUGCUCUAACACACCAUGUAAAUGUACAUACAAUGGAAACACCUACCAAAUUGGUACUAUAUUUAGAAAGGACUGUAAUACGUGCACAUGCAAAGCCGAUGGUACUGUAGAUUGUACCACAAAUCAAUGUACCUGCACUUACAAUAACAGAGUUUAUAAUUUCGGAGCACAAUUUAAUGAUGAUUGCAAUACUUGUAAAUGUGAACAUAACGGACAAGCUGAGUGCACAAAUAAACCAUGUGGAUGUACACAUAAAGGACAAACUUAUCGAAUUGCUGAUAAAUUUCCGGAAGAUUGCAACCAAUGCCAAUGUUUAUCAACUGGCUACGUUCAAUGUUCUACCAACGUUUGCAAAUGUACUUACAACAACCAGCUUUAUAAUGUAGGUCAAUCAUUUAGACAGGGUUGUAAUACAUGUACAUGCGAAACGAACGGUAGAGUAAGCUGUACAAAUAAACCAUGUAACUGUAUUUACAAUGGAAACACCUACGAAAUAGGUAAUACAUUUGGAAAGGACUGUAAUACGUGCACAUGCAAAGCCGAUGGUACUGUAGAUUGUACCACAAAUCAAUGUACCUGCACUUACAAUAACAGAGUUUAUAAUUUCGGAGCACAAUUUAAUGAUGAUUGCAAUACUUGUAAAUGUGAACAUAACGGACAAGUUGAGUGCACAAAUAAACCAUGUGGAUGUACACAUAAAGGACAAACUUAUCGAAUUGCUGAUAAAUUUUCGGAAGAUUGCAACCAAUGCCAAUGUUUACCAACUGGCUACGUUCAAUGUUCUACCAACGUUUGCAAAUGUACUUACAACAACCAGCUUUAUAAUGUAGGUCAAACAUUUAAACAGGGUUGUAAUACAUGUAAGUGUGAAGCGAACGGUAAAGUAAGCUGUACUAGUAACCCAUGUAACUGUAUUUACAAUGGAAACACCUAUCAAAUAGGUAAUGCAUUUAAAAACGGUUGCAAUACUUGUACCUGUCAAUCUAAUGGUGUAGUUAGCUGCACUAAAAUGCAGUGUUCCUGUAAUUACAACGGCAAGCAUUACGACAUUGGUUCUAUAUGGUAUAAUGAAUGCAACAAAUGUCAGUGCACUUCUGAUGGGAGAGUGGAUUGUGAGCAAAAAACAUGUGACAAACCUUGUACAUACAAAGGAAAAACUUAUUCUGUCGGUGAAAUAUUUAAAGAUGACUGCAAUGCGUGUAGAUGUGGACAGUUUGGUCGUGUAGUCUGUACUAAAAUGUAUUGUCCCCCAACAACAUGCCAGUAUUAUGGAAAAACUUACAAAAACAGAGAAACAUUCAUGGCACAAGAUAAAUGCAAUGUUUGUCGGUGUACAAAUGGGAAGCUCAAGUGUACCAACUAUGAUUGUUAUAGACCGAGACCAUACUACCAAUGACGAGCAGUUAAUAUACUUUGAUAAUUUUAAUAAUUGUAAAUAUGACACAAAUGUAAUUUUUUAAAUAAAUCAUAUAUCUACCACAA